CACACACAAAUCACACUGACCCCUGGAACCCCAAAGACAAACAGCAGAAAGCGCCCCCAGGCAAAAUGAGCUCAGAACCUUCCUGCUGCCUGGGCGCACAGGGCAGGCUCCGGGGCCUUCUCUAAAAGGAAACCGCCCCUGAAGCCAGAGGGACUGCCCAAAGUGGGGCUGGGGGUGUGGAGCCUACACUGAUGCUCUCAGGCCGUUUCCACUCUUGCUGGUUCUGAUGCUCCUUUCUUUUGCCGCAAGCAACCCUACUGGAAAACUGGGAAAUGUCCAACAAUGAAGUUAGGACAGUGGCCCAUAAAACAUCCGCUUCCAACCUGCGUCCUUAGUCUCUGUCUAAAGGCCCAAGAUACAGUGAGCCUUUAACACGUUCUCUGUGUUCUUCCUAUUUCUCUAUUCCUUCUCCAUGUCCGGUGGGGUUCUCUACCCUCUCUCCAUCCAACGUGCCAAUAACCCCUCUUUUCUCUUUCAUUCUCGCCACGUUUCCCUCCUUUCUUCCACGUGCGCCCAACGGUACCGCCCAGAAAACGAACUAGAUGCGUUGGACCGGGCACGCGCGCAUUAGGAACGCCAGCUAGACGGAGCCCUGGGAUCCUGGGGGUGGGGUGGGGGUCCCCGCAAACCUUGCCCGGCGAGCAGGGUUUUGCCCUCCGGCGCCUCUAGCGGCGCCUCCCGGAAGUCUGACUGCUGAGGCCUGAGUUGCAGGGACUGAAUGGCAGACUGAGAGGAGGAACAGACCAUGAGGGCAGCGCAGAGCUUCCUCUCCCUCUCCCAAGGCCGACUGCUCCUCGUGCUGGUUCUGACACUGCUCCAUGACUCUCUAGCCGAAGAUGUAAUUUUUCAUCCUGAAUGGGAGUUUGACUCGUAUGAAAUCACCGUUCCCGAGAAGCUGAGCUUCCGAGGAGACGCGCAGGGUGUGGCCAGUCCCGUGUCCUACCUUCUGCAGUUGAAAGGCAAGAAGCGUGUCCUCCAUUUGUGGCCCAAGAGGUUUCUGUUGCCCCGACAUCUGCGCGUUUUCUCCUUUACGGAACGUGGGGAACUGCUGGAGGAUCGCCCUUAUCUACCCAAGGACUGCAACUACGUGGGCUCGGUGGAAGAGUCUCCGGACUCUAAAGCUACUAUAAGCACAUGCAUGGGGGUUCUCCGAGGUAUAUUCAGCAUCGAUGCCGAGCAUUACCAAAUUGAGCCCCUCAAGACCUCUCCCAGUUUUGAACACGUCGUGUAUCUCCUGAAGAAAGAGCAGCCUGGCAGUCAGGUCUGCGGUUUAAGCGAUGAUGAACUAGAAUGGCAGAUGGCCCCUGGUGAGAAUCAGGCUAGGCUAAGGGACUUUCCCGGAUCCUAUAAGCACCCAAAGUAUUUGGAAUUGGUCCUGGUCUUUGAUCAAAGUAGGUACAGGCUUGUGAACAACAAUCUUUCUCAAGUCAUACACGAUGCCAUUCUUUUGACUGCGAUUAUGGACACCUACUUUCAAGAUGUUCGUAUGAGGAUACACUUAAAGGCUCUGGAAGUAUGGACGGAUUUUAACAAAAUACGCGUUGGAUAUCCAGAGUUAGCUGAAGUUUUAGGCAGAUUUUUGAUAUAUAAAAAGAAUGUGUUAAAUGCUCGGCUCUCAUCAGAUUGGGCACAUUUAUAUCUUCAAAGAAGAUUUAAUGAUGCUCUUGCGUGGUCCUUUGGAAAAGUCUGUUCUCUAGACCUUGCUGGGUCAGUGAGUACUUUGCUAGAUACAAAUAUCCUUGCCCCCGCCACCUGGUCUGCUCACGAGCUGGGUCAUGCCGUGGGGAUGUUACACGAUGGGCAGUACUGCCAGUGCAGGGGCCGGCUUGAUUGCAUCAUGGGCUCGGGGCGCGCUGGGUUUAGCAAUUGCAGUUACAUCGCUUUUUUUAAACACGUCUCUUCAGGAGCAACGUGUCUAAAUAACAUCCCAGGACUUCGUUAUGUGGCUAAGAGAUGUGGCAACAAAAUCGUAGAAGGCAGUGAGGAAUGUGACUGUGGUUCCCCAGAGGAGUGUCAUAAAGAUCGGUGUUGCCAAUCGAGUUGUAAGUUGCAACCAGGUGCCAACUGCAGCACUGGACUUUGCUGUCACGAUUGUCGCUUUCGUCCAUCUGGAUACGUGUGUAGGCAGGAGGAAAACGAAUGUGACCUUGCAGAGUACUGUGAUGGGAAUUCAAGUCACUGCCCAAGUGACGUGUAUAAGCAGGAUGGAACCCCCUGCAAGUAUGAAGGCCGUUGUUUCAGGAAGGGGUGCAGAUCCAGAUACAUGCAGUGCCAAAGCAUUUUUGGGCCUGAUGCCAGGGAGGCUCCCAGCCAGUGCUAUGAUGCAGUUAACUUAAUAGGUGAUCAAUUUGGUAACUGUGAGAUUACAGGAAUUCGACAUUUUAAAAAGUGUGACAGUGAAAAUUCAAUAUGUGGCAGGCUGCAGUGUAUAAAUGUCGAAACCAUCCCUGAUUUGCCAGAGCAUACGACUAUAAUUUCUACUCAUUUACAGGCAGAAAAUCUCAUGUGCUGGGGCACAGGCUAUCAUCUAUCCAUGAAACCCAUGGGGAUCCCUGACGUGGGUAUGAUAAAUGAUGGCACCUCCUGUGGGGGAGACCGGGUCUGUUUUAAGAAAAAUUGUGUCAAUAGCUCAGUCCUGAAGUUUGACUGUUUGCCUGAGAAAUGCAACACCCGAGGCGUCUGCAACAACAGGAAAAACUGCCACUGCAUGUAUGGCUGGGCACCCCCGUUCUGUGAGGGGGUGGGCUAUGGAGGGAGCGUGGACAGCGGGCCUCCAGGACUGCUAAGAGGGGUGAUUCCCUUGUCAAUUCGGAUCGUGGCCAUCAUAAUGUUUCGCCUCAUUUUAUUAAUCCUUUCCAUGGUUUUUGUGUUUUUCCGGCAAGAGAUAGGAAACUAUUUAAAACCCAACAAGGAAAAGCUGCCACCAUCCGAAGCAAAAACUGGACAGGAAGAAUCUAAAACAAAAACCAAACAGGGAGAUUCUAAAGCAAAAACCAUACAGGAAGAAUCUGAAACAGCAAAAGCUGGACAGGAAGAAUCAAAAGCAAAAGCUGGACGGGAAGAAUCUGAAGCAAACGUUGAAAGUAAACCACCCAAAGCAAAGAGUGUCAAGAAACCAAAAAAGUAACCAGGCGACCCACACUCAUUCAGUCACUCAUUUAAGCAGUUCAUCGUUUCAGGGAAGGCUUUUCAUCCUUCUCCCAAUAUUUUUUUACUUCAGUUUUUCUCACAAGCUUUGAUUAGCAAAUAAAUGACAUUCUUGUUUUGGAAACCAACCAGUGCGUUCUGCUUCUCUAGGAUUCACCUGCCCCCCAGUUUGUGAUCAAGUUGCGAGUAUGUUGAAAAUCAGGCUCUCGUGGCUUUUCCACACGCUGAAGCUCUGAGAGCAGCGGGUUUCCUGGAAUUACCGUGGUAUUCAAAGUACAGCCUGUUUCUGAGAAUCCGGGGAAGGAAGCAAUUGUCUGCGUCUCCCUCUCCCGCCCCCAACUGGAUCCACGUGAACACCCGCGCCUACACCCGUGCUGAUCAUUAAAUGCUGACAACACA